UUUUGGGAUAAACCUUGGCUCGAGGGUUUUAGGGCUUGCAGCGACCCUGCAACUUGGGUUGCCUUCAUUUCUCCAAAUCUGCUGUUUCUCUUGAUUCUUGCAGAUAGUUGUAUCCAUUGAAGGGAGCAUUCUUGUAUUCUGUUAGGCAUGGCGAGUAUGAUUGCUGCUCCUGCUCCUACAAUGGGCGCAUUCCAAGUGAAUAAAGGGAGGGGAAACUGUAGAAAGUUGAGUUCUAGCAUCAAGGGAUGUCACAGAAUAAGGGCUAUGCGGAUAGAGAAACCUCUCGAGGAGUUGUACAAUGUAAGAGUAGAACGUAAGGUGUCGGAGGAGCGGCUUUCGGAGCUAGGAGUUUCGAGAUGGUCGAUAUGGAAGACGGGGAAGUGUAAGCUGCCAUGGGACUGGCAGGCAGAUCAACUGGUUUACAUUGAGGAAGGUGAAGUGAGAGUUGUCCCUGAGGGGAGCAAGCAGUACAUGAGUUUUGUGGCUGGCGACCUUGUUCGCUACCCCAAGUGGUUUGAAGCUGACCUUUUUUUCAAUGGGCCGUAUCAAGAGCGUUACAGUUUCAGAGCGUAUGGCGAUGACUAAUAGUCGUUGCAUCGCAAUAAUGCUUCACGAAAACGCAUUCGUUUCUUGUUUCUAGACUCUCCUCAGUUCAUAGACAUUUUCAUGCAGAUUUUGUUCAUGCUUGAGUUCAAAUCAAUAGCUUAUUAAAGGCUCUCCUUGUUUAUAUAAAUUCUUGAAUCAGAUUGCAUCAACAAUGCGACGAUGAUGAAUUAGCCGGUAUAGACUUUUUUUUAUUUA